AUUAUUCGUUUCAUUUCAUCAUCAUCAUCAUCAUCACUAAUUAAUCUCAUCGCACAUCUGUCCAAAACUGUGAACCAUUAUUCUCUUUCUCGAGUUUUUUCAUGUUUUCGAUCGAGUUCAAAGGAGAUGAUAUGUUGAAACGUGCAUGCAGCAUGAAUCGAAUUUAUGGAAACCUGUAGAGAUGUAUUAUAACUUGUAAUAUAUAUCCAACGUUGCAUGGGUUGGCCAAUUUUGGAGUUGCAGCAAUUUUUUCUUUUAUAGAUUUAAAGCCCAAGCUCUCAGUUCCACAUCUUCCAAUCAUACCUAAAGAACAACAAGCUCAAAUUACAUUUCAAAGAUCUGCCAUCGACAUUUUCUGGCUAAAAUGUCCAACAACAAGAUGAAAGGCCUCUUAAAAGGCCUACGAUACAUUUCUCAAAUAUUUGAUAACGAAAAGGAACCUGAAAUGAAGAUUGGUAAUCCCACGGAUGUGAAACAUGUUGCCCAUAUAGGAUGGGAUGGUCCAUCAGUAAAUUCUCCCAGCUGGAUCAACGAGUAUAAAUCGCCUCCGGGAUUUUCAUCAGCGCCAUUAAGUCUCCCUGAAGACAUCGGAGAAAACAACGUGAGGAGAGAUACAAGGGCUACAAAUUCUCUGGCCAGAGACUUGCCGGAAUUACCGAGAUCCUCAAGGCGUCAAUCAUCGGCAAUUGGAGUUGUAACCGAUCAGUCCCCUACCAAGGAAAAAUCAGAAAAGUCAAAACAAUCAAGGAGAUCAUCUAAAAGUUCCAUUAAUAAAGAUUCACUUGAUGGUACUAAACCGACCCGAUCAGCCACCCGACAACUCUUGGAUCCCAAUAACCUAGGGAGCGUGUCACCGGCACACAGCCUUCCAGAUAUUCCUAAAAAGGCUAGGAGGAAGAAAGCGAAGGAAUACUCUCAUGGGAGUACUAUGUUAGCAAGAUCAUCAAGAUUGAAACCUCAAGCUUCUCCUGGUGGAUAUCAAUCUCCGUUCUCUGUUGAGACGUAUCAAUCUCCAUUCUCAGAUCCCGGGCCUGGAUCUGGAUCUUUAUCAACAUCAAAGAAUAACGAGCUUUAUCCACAAUCUUUUGAAGAGGGGCAGCAAAAGGGACUUCCAGGAAUAUAUUGAUCAAGAUUCAAUGUAUGUUAUAUUUGUAGCUAGAAUGAUCAUUUCUUAGUUGAAACCAUUUUUUUUUUUUCUUCCCCUCUUUUGUGUAUGAUCCACCCACGUCGGUCGGUGCACAUUAAAUUGUUGAAGAUAUUCUUUUCCUUAAUUUGUUUCAAACCUUUGUUGAAUGUUAUUGCAUGCUUAUAAGUCGUUGCC